GUCAUCAACGCGCGGCCUUCGCGCUAAUAAAUGAAAUUAGGCGCGGCUUUGGACAAGAUGUCAGGUACUCCAAUCGUGGUUGGAUAAGCGGCAUAAAAAGGACGCGCGCCCACCGCCGAGCUCCAAGGGAAUCCGCCGCCAUCAUUACGUGCACUUUCGGCGCCCGGCGGUGACGUCACAGCGGUUGCUAAUGAAGCCCACGCUCAACCCCAGGACUCACAGCCGUGAGGAUGACGAGGACGUCUCCAAAGACUGCAGCGCCAAGCGCCAGAGGGGCGACUUGAAGCCCCCUCUGACUUUGCCUGUCACCCCGUCUCGCUAUGAUGCCCCUUUCCCCUUUUAUCGGCGGCCUGCCGAGAUGGGACACUUUUCCCUCGACGCCCAGCGCUGCUACCAUGGGGACGCGAGCCAGCUGCGCUACUACGCCCCGCCCCCCAUCGAGGGCCCCUCCCCUGGAUUCGAUCUGCGCGAGGGCUACCCCGACCGCUACGUGCGGCAGGACGAGAGCGUCCGCGAGGGACUGGAGCACUUUCUGAAAUGGGUCGCUCAGAACCGGAAGCAGUUACAGACGGAGGACAAAGGGCGGCCGCUGAAUGCGGACUUUGUGACGUGGCGGGGGCAUCUCACAAAAGUGCUGACCACCCCCUACGAAACUCAGGAUGGGUGGCUGCUGGCUGUGAGCCUCUUCCGGGGGACCCUCUACAUCAGUGAGGUGGAAACUGAGGCCGCCCGGAGGCAGCGGGAGCAGCGCUCAGAACUGCUGAAGGAACUCAUGUACAUGGGCUAUAAGUUUGAGCAGUACAUGUGUGCCGAUACUCCAGACGGGACUCCUGAUCCGACCGGGGUGGUGAACACAAACGAAGCUUUCUGCACAGUGAUCCGGACCCGCUUGGGGACCCACUCGCUUCUGUUUUCUGGGGAGGUGGAUUGUACUGACCCCCGCAGCCCCUCGCCAGAGCCACCAAGCUGCUACGUGGAGUUGAAGACCAGCAAAGUGAUGCACAGCCCUGCUCAGAGGAAGAGUUUUUAUAGGCACAAGAUGAUCAAAUGGUGGGCUCAGUCCUUCCUGCCUGGCGUGUCGCGGAUCGUGGCAGGAUACCGGGGCCCAGAUGGCUCUGUCGUGGGACUGGAGACCUUCGAGACCAUGAAGAUCUUCCAGCUCAUUAGGGAAGACCCCGGCUGCUGGAAGCCAGCGGUGUGCAUGAACUUUUGUGCAGCGUUCCUUGCCUUUGUGAAGAAAGUGGUGACAGAAGACAAUCCAAAGGCGGUUCACCUCUUUGCCUGGGAGCCAGGCCACCCGGUUUCCUUCACGGUGCACCAGGACUCCGAGCACACCUUCCUGCCCGACUGGUACGUGGAGGCGCUGAGCACCGAGAAGCCCCCCACUCCGCGGAUCCCAGACUGAAGAGCUCGAGCUGGGGGCCAAGCGGGUUUUGUACGGAGAUGUCGGUGGGCCAGGAAACCCAGGGCGGGUGGUGGGAGGAUGCAAGCAGAAAAGGCCCUAGGCGGCUGGACCGGACGCUUGCAAAGCGGGAGGGGGGACACACACACACACACCUACUGCGGGCCCCCUGGUCACGAUGGAGGAGGAAGAGGGCAAUAAAUUAUGCUGUGAAUGCAA